CCUCCUCCAAGGUCUGCUCGUUUUCUGAUUGGUCACAUUCGACAGCAAAAGGCAAGAGAUCCGCGCUAACAUCUGUCAAAUUCAGACCAGACACGUCCACAGCCGCCUUUUUGAACUUCAACAGGCAAAACCCUCACUUUCUCUGCAGCCACUUUAGGAUAAAUCCUGCGCUCGCUGCUGCUGCAACAUUUGAAGCGGAGCCACUGUAGCCGAAGUUUCCGGAAAUACAGCACAGAGGACAUCGGCCCAGGGAUGGCAGCGUACAAGCUGGUGCUGAUCCGCCACGGAGAGAGCUGCUGGAACCAGGAGAACCGUUUCUGCGGAUGGUUCGACGCGGACUUGAGCGAGACGGGGGAGCAGGAGGCUAAGAGAGGAGGACAGGCCUUGAAAGAUGCUGGCUACGAGUUUGAUAUUUGCUACACCUCCGUUCUCAAGAGGGCCAUCCGCACUCUGUGGUUUGUUCUGGACGGCAUCGAUCAGAUGUGGUUGCCAGUGCACAGGACCUGGCGCCUCAAUGAGCGCCACUACGGUGGCCUGACUGGCCUGAACAAGGCUGAAACAGCAGCUAAACACGGAGAGGCACAAGUCAAGAUUUGGAGGCGCUCUUUUGACAUCCCUCCUCCACCCAUGGAUGAAGGGCAUGACUUCUUUCAGACCAUAAGCAAGGACCGACGUUACGCCGAUCUGACAGAGGACCAGCUUCCGACCUGUGAGAGCCUGAAGGACACCAUUGCUAGGGCUCUUCCAUUUUGGAAUGAUGAGAUAGCUCCACAGAUCAAAGAAGGGAAGAGGGUGCUGAUUGCUGCCCAUGGCAACAGUCUCCGUGGCAUUGUCAAGCACCUCGAGGGUAUGUCUGAGGAAGCCAUCAUGGAGCUCAACCUUCCUACAGGUAUUCCUGUUGUGUAUGAGUUGGACAAAAACCUGAAGCCCAUAGGACCCAUGCAAUUUCUCGGAGAUGAAGAGACUGUACAGAAAGCCAUGGCUGCUGUGGCGGCUCAGGGUAAAGCAAAGAAAUAAACACCCCUCCUAUGAUUGGGAUGCUAUUUACAUCAGUCCUGUGCAGUACAGAUGAUCAUCAAGCCAGUUAGUAUUGUCCACAUCACCAAUCUCCCAUAUAUGCACACACACACACAAACUGUAUCAUGUUUAAGUCAGUAAUUGUUGGUUUGAAUGGAGUUAUCUAUAUUUUUCCACAUUAGUUUUAGAGAAUGGAUAUUAAUUAUAUAUGUAUCCACUGAUCAAAGUGUUCAUCUUGGACCUUAGACGUAACUUCACCUUGAGGUUACCCCACAUUAUAUGCUUAGUAACGUUGUUGAAAGGUCUAGUUGAUUUACAUUCCACUUGUCCUUGCUAUAACACUGAGAAAAUAAUAAAAGUGAUGGGCUAUUACAUGUUUAA